CAGCAGCCCGCCUUCGGGGCUGUCUGAUUGGCUAUCCGCGCGCCGUGCGCUGGGUGUCAUUCCCCGUGGGGACCCCAAACACUGUCAGUGCGGCGCCGGGCGGAGGGCAGCGGCGGCAGGUACCUGUGAAGACACAAUGGCGACAGAGUCCCCGCGCCGCCCCAGCCGCUGCACCGGAGGAGUGGUGGUUCGUCCACAAGCUGUCACGGAACAGUCGUACAUGGAAAGUGUUGUUACGUUUCUUCAAGAUGUUGUGCCACAGGCCUACAGCGGAACCCCACCAGCAGAAGAAAAGGAGAAGAUAAUUUGGGUCAGAUUUGAAAAUGCAGAUUUAAAUGAUAUAUCAAGGAAUAUGGAGUUCCAUGAAAUACACAGCACCGGGACUGAACCACCGUUACUGCUGAUGAUUGGAUACAGUGACGGAAUGCAAGUCUGGAGCAUACCUAUCAGUGGUGAAGCUCAAGAGCUCUUUUCUGUCCGCCAUGGUCCAGUUCGAGCUGCACGGAUCUUACCAGCUCCUCAAAUCAGUGCUCAGAAAUGUGAUAAUUUCUCUGAGAAGCGGCCCCUGCUUGGUGUGUGCAAAAGCAUUGGAUCUUGUGGCACAAGCCCACCUUACUGCUGUGUGGACCUUUAUUCUUUGCGGACAGGAGAGAUGGUCAAGUCCAUACAGUUCAAAACUCCUAUUUACGAUCUGCAUUGCAAUAAAAGGAUACUUGUUGUAGUCCUGCAAGAGAAAAUCGCCGCCUUCGACAGCUGUACUUUCACCAAAAAAUUCUUCGUUACAAGCUGCUAUCCUUGCCCAGGGCCAAACAUGAACCCUAUUGCGCUUGGAAGCCGCUGGCUUGCUUAUGCAGAAAAUAAGCUGAUCCGAUGCCAUCAAUCCCGUGGUGGAGCCUGUGGAGACAACAUUCAGUCUUACACUGCCACAGUCAUUAGUGCUGCCAAAACGAUAAAGACUGGACUUACGAUGGUUGGGAAAGUAGUUACACAGCUGACAGGGACGCUGCCCUCAGGAGCAACUGAAGAAGAAAUUUUAGCUCAUAGCAACAUCCGUCGAAGUCCUCUGGUGCCUGGAAUCAUCACCAUCAUUGACACAGAGACAGUUGCAGAAGGGCAGGUACUUGUCAGUGAGGACUCUGAUAGUGAUGGUAUUGUGGCCCACUUCCCUGCUCACGAAAAGCCUAUUUGCUGCAUGGCUUUUAACCCUAGUGGGAUGUUGCUGGUCACUACUGACACAUUAGGCCAUGAUUUCCAUGUUUUUCAAAUACUGACACAUCCUUGGUCAUCAUCACAAAGUGCCGUCCAUCAUUUGUAUACACUUCACAGGGGAGAGACUGAAGCCAAAGUACAGGAUAUCUCCUUCAGCCAUGACUGCCGCUGGGUUGUGGUCAGCACACUUCGGGGCACUUCCCAUGUUUUUCCCAUCAAUCCUUAUGGUGGCCAGCCCUGUGUGCGAACACACAUGUCACCCCGGGUGGUAAAUCGCAUGAGCCGAUUCCAGAAGAGUGCAGGGUUGGAAGAGAUCGAGCAAGAGCUGACAUCUAAGCAAGGAGGACGUUGUAGCCCUGUUCCAGGCCUCUCAAGCAGCCCCUCUGGUUCACCGCUCCAUGGUAAAUUGAACAGCCAAGACACUUACAAUAACUUCACAAACAAUAAUCCUGGGAACCCUCGACUCCUGCCUCUUCCAAGUUUGACUGUGGUGUUGCCUCUUGCUCAAAUCAAACAGCCAAUGACAUUAGGGACCAUCACCAAACGCACAGGACCUUACCUGUUUGGAGCAGGAUGUUUUUCCAUAAAAGCUCCAUGCAAAUCCAAACCAGCUCCACAGAUUUCACCCAGUAAGUCUGUGGGAGGCGAGUUUUGCGUCGCUGCAGUCUUUGGAUCAUCAAGGUCAUGGUUUGCAAACAAUCCUGGUCUGAAAAGAGAAAAAGAUCAAUCAAAACAAUUUGUAGUGGAGUCGUUGUAUAUCAUCAGUUGUUAUGGCAGCCUGGUGGAGCAUGUUUUGGAACCACGUCCACUCAGCACUGCUCCGAAGAUCAGUGAUGAUACACCUUUGGAAAUGGUGACAUGCCCAAGAGCCAGCUGGACUUUGGUUAGAACUCCUCAGUGGAAUGAGCUCCAACCACCAUUUAAUGCAAACCAUCCACUGCUCCUGGCUGCAGAUGCUGUGCAGUACUACCAGUAUCUUCUUGCUGGCUUGGUUCCACCCGGGAGCCCUGGACCGAUCACUCGACACGAGUCGUACGACAGCUUAGCAUCUGACCACAGCGGGCAGGAGGAUGAGGAGUGGCUCUCACAGGUUGAAAUAGUGACUCACACUGGGCCUCAUCGACGCCUGUGGAUGGGUCCACAGUUCCAGUUCAAAACAAUCCAUCCCUCAGGCCAAACUACCGUCAUCUCAUCCAGUUCUUCAGUGCUGCAGUCGCAUGGUCCAAGCGAUACCCCGCAGCCUCUUCUGGACUUCGAUACAGAUGAUCUUGAUCUCAACAGUCUCAGGAUUCAGCCAGUUCGGUCAGAACCUGUUAGCAUGCCGGGGUCACCACGUCCAGUUUCUGAUCGCAGAGGAGGUUCAACAGUGAUUGAUGCUACCUCAGCUUUUGAUAGAAGCACAAAGCAAGGUGAGAGGAAAUGUGAAGUAUUUCAAGUACUAUUCCGUGAAGUAACUGGUAGGAAGCAUCUGAGACUGAUAACAUCCAUGGGAUGUGCUUGAAUAAUUUCAAAUCCAGACUCCAGGUCAAAUAAACUCUUUCAGGGCACACAAUCUACCUUCCAAAACCUAAAAAAGUGUGUUUGUUUUUCACUGUAACAAAUCUGGUGCUUAGAGGAAUAAGCAGGCAAAUGUUACUUGAGGCCAAUCCAAGGGAAAUGUGCAGCAGGGCUAAGAAUGCAAGCUUCCCGUGGCAGUAAUCUGCCGGCUUCUUGACAAAGAAAAUCCACCAUCUGUAACAACAGGGCUUCAUGUGAAUCUCUGAGCUCCAUCACUUUCUUUUGAAGCACUUUUCAGUACAAUUUUAGCUUUGUUGGUAACAAAUAAACAAAUUCCUAUUCCUGGGAACUAGGAUGGGUGGGUUGGAAUAGGGCCCUAAAUAUCUCGGUGACAGUAGAGGCACGAGAAUCUCUCAGAUGCAGAAACGGGAGGAAGUGCUGCGCAUUCAGCAAGAGGUAGCAAAAUAAUAAUGGGUAGCAAGAGCUUUCUUCAGAAAUUUUAGUAAUUAAAUGGUAAGCAUAUUGUCUGUUAAUUAAUAUCUCUGGUUCUUGGAGUAAAAUUCUGAAGCACAUAAGAUAGAUUAAGGGAGGUAAAUUUUAACUUAUGUACUGGCAGUUUAAACUGUAUUGUUGAUUCAAUCUCACUGAACUGCUCAACAAAGCACAACUGAUCCAUAUUACUGAACAGAGCUUGAACAGGAAAGACCAAAGAAGAAGAAAAGACUGAAAAGUAAACCGUAUGGUAGCAGACAUGCUAAAAGCUUCAUGUAAUGAGCAAAGAAGAAGAAUUCGUAAAAUGAAACAGUAAUUCCUUUCCAGAAGAUUAACCAAAUGGAAAUGUUCAACACACAGGACUGGUUAAUUAAUAGUCAGGUCCAUCAUUUCACUGUAGGAUUUUCCAUUUAAGAAAGAGUCUCUCCUCUUGAAGCAGAGAUUGGUAAAUGAUUCAAGUUUAAUUAUUUUUAAGUUUCAAUUAUUUUAUUUCAUUAUUUUAAAGUCACUUUCGGGUUUACAUAAUACUAAACUUAACCCUCUUCUCUUAGUGGUUUUCAGUUCCUUGCCUUUAGGAUGAAUUUCCUCUUCCUCCUGUUACAUUGAUUGGUGGAGUUCUUGUUAAAUAUGAUCAUAAUCUUAUAGAAACUCCUGUUUCUAUAAUUGUAGUGUCAGAAGAAUUAGUGCCUUGCCAUGUACAUAUGCAUAGUUGGCCUCAAUUUUUAUUAUUUGGUGUUAACUUACUUGACCUUUACAAAGUCCCCUAUAAAUAUGGCUUCACUCAAGAAUUAUUAUUUCUGUAUGAAAUUUAUACUACAAAUAUUUUUCCUUAGAAGUCACCUUUGGCUUUGAAGUGGCAAAACCAGUGAAAAUAGUAACUUAAAUGUAGCUUAAAGUCAUUUCCUUCCUUCCUUUUCCUAGGAACAUAGCUUUAAAUGCAUGUCUGCACCAGAGCAGGCUGACAAAGCGGGGUCUCUGUGGUGGCCACGCUAAUGGACCUCUGUGCUGGCUCACUGGUGGCUGCAGAACUUCUCAGAGCAGGGCUGAGGAGUGUGUUUAAAAGCAGAGUGAGUUUCACUUGCAAAGUUUACAUCUUUCGCUGGGUUGCUCACCCCCCAAAACACAAAAUAUCUCUUAAAGUAGAAGAGUUUGGUUUGGCUGCUGAUGAGAAGAGCCAUUUGAAAAAUGGUAACCACAUUGUGACUGUGUCCAAGGCAUGUAGAGUUUGGAUUCAGGAGUCAUUUUAACUUGAAUUUUGCUUUACAAAGAAAGCAGUAGAGCUAGACUAAAAGAAGGGAUUCAUAGUAGAAACACCCUCCCCAUGAGUA